AUGGCCGCUAUCAAUGAUGAUGUUACGACUGCAGAUCUGGAAGAGACCACUCUCAGUAUGAGCGGAGGUCCCCGCCCGCGCAGACAUGAUGAUGACGACGAAGGGUCUGAUAAUGGCGAUGAUGACGCUGAAAGCACAACCAGUGCCCAGGUCGCAGGGGAUGCGAAGACACCAGGGAAUGUUGAUGAAGAGAAGGAGCUUCCCCCACAUGCAUGCGCGUAA